UAAAUCAGAGUAAAGCUAGCCGCUGGCCGCAGCGCAGCGCCGCGCAGACACAGCCAAGCACGCACCACCACCACCUCCUCCUCUUCCUCCGCGCAGAGCGCGCUCUCUCUCCGUGCAGCGGUGGUACUCUAGGCUGCUGCUGCUACUGAGCCUAGCCAUCUCUGUCUCUCCUCCUCCUCUUCGAAGAGUUCUUGGCUUGUUCGUCCGCGUCGUCGCUGCUGCUGCUCGUGCAGUAGAGGGAUCAAGAACAGGAGAAGGGUCCAGUGGCGGAGGCAAAUCAGUCACGUCGCCCGGAGAUCAUCUAGCUGGUCUACGAGGUGAGCUAGAUCCUGAGGCGGGUACAUUGGUGGCGUGUUCCGGCUAAGAAGGAAGAGAGAGAGAGGGAGGGAUGGGGGAGAAGGUGAGUGAGGCGGCGGGGGGAGUGGAGGAUCAGGACGGCGGCCAGGGGGCGGUGGCGGGGCUCGAUGGGAUUCAGUACUGCCCCGAGCAUCCAUACCGGCCUGGCGCGGCGGCGGCGGCGGUGGCGGGUGGAGGGAUAUGCGCCUUCUGCCUGCAGGAGAAGCUGGGGAGGCUGGUGUCCUCGUCCAAGUCCAGCCCGUUCUUCCUCCUCGGCGGCCACCCUCCGCCUUCCGCCUCGCCGUCGUCGCCGCCGUCGUUCCGCCGCUCGUCGGCGGACCCCCCGCCGCCGCUCCACUCCUCGGCGGCCUCGCGGAGGCUGAUCCCUUUCAGCAGGAAGAAGACUUUCUCGUCUUCGUCGUCCUCGUCUUCCUCUGCGUCGGUGGCUCUGGCUGGCGGUGGGCUCAAGCGAAGCAAGUCGGUGGCGCCGCGGCCCGAGGAGCACUACUCGUCGUCGGCGUCGUCCGUGACGGCCGAGAGCCCGCGGAAGAAGAGCUUCUGGUCCUUCUUCUACCUCUCUUCCUCGUCGCCGUACAUGCACCAGGCCGCCACCUCCACAUCGUACACCAACGGUGGCGCCGCCGCGAGGAGGAAGUCGGUGUCCGUGGCGUCGGCGGCGUGGGCCUCCAGGGGUGCCUCCGCUCCGGGCGCGCACGAACAGCAGCAGCCGCGGGCGGCGACGUCGUCGGUGUCGGGGCGGAGGCUCGAGGCCAUCGGCGAGCCGGAGAGCCCGAGCCAGGUGUCCUCGUCCUCGUCGUUCGGGCGGAAGGUGGCUCGGUCGCGCUCCGUCGGGUGCGGCAGCCGCAGCUUCUCCGGCGAUUUCCUGGAGCGCAUCUCCAACGGCUUCGGCGACUGCACGCUCCGGCGCGUCGAGUCCCAGCGCGAGCCCAAGCCCAACAAGAUGCGCGCGCUCGGCCACCUGGGCGGCGGCGGCGACGGCGACGAUGACGAAGACGACGACGACGUGUACCAUCACCAGCACCGGAUCAAGUGCGCCGGGUUCUUCGGCGGCAUGGGCCCCACGCCCUCCUACUGGCUCUCCGCGGCGGAGGGCGCGGCCGCAUCCGGUGGCGGCGCGAGGAAGUCGGGCGGCCGGAGCCACCGGAGCUGGGCGUGGGCGGCGCUGGCCAGCCCAAUGAGAGCGCUGAGGCCGACGAGCUCCACCACCUCCACGAAGACCAUCACGGUCGUUCCUUCCAGCCACGUGGUCGCGCACAGCAACGGCAGCACGCCGGCGGCGGCAUUGUCCAUAUCAUCGCCGGUGCCACCGUCGUCGACGGCGGCGGCGGGGACGGAUUAAAAAGACGCGCGGCGCGGCCGGUUAAUUACCCCCCUCUCUUCCCGCCUCUUCUCGAGCCGUAUACAUUUCCUCAUUUGCCGCCUUCUUUUCUUUCUUUCGCGUUCCCUCGUCUGUAAUUUCAAGAUCGAACAAACUGCUCAUAGGAUGAAAUGUGCUGUGGAUUCCGGGUUGA